AUGAUCUGCUCCUCUUGCCGCUCCGCGCUGCGUCUGCGCCUCCUCGCAACAGCCACACGCCCUUCACGCACGGCAAUUGCACCUAUCGCAAACACUUUCAAACCCACCACCACCACCACCACCACCAACAAACUCUCUCCACAACGCAUUCGUGCCUUCUCCUCAACGACAUCCCGCCAAUUCUCCUCGACUCCUCUCCGAAAAUACUCCUCACCUUCUUCCAAUGAACAGCUGGAAGAGCAGGAGGCAGACAUGUCACCCGCCGAAGCCUCGAUCGCGGCAAUCCUAGCGGAGAAGCUUCAACCGACAUCGCUUCUUGUGCAGGAUAUUUCGGGUGGUUGUGGAAGCAUGUAUGCUAUUGAUAUCACUUCGCCGGUGUUUAAGGGGUUGAAUAUGUUGAAGCAGCAGAGGAUGGUGAAUGCUGCUUUGGGGGAUCUUGUGAAGGAGUGGCAUGGGGUGCAGAUACGGACGAGGGUGCCGCCGGAAGAGGAGUGA